UAGAGUGGGGGUGUAAAAGAGUGGGAGGGAGAAGAGAGAAUGUGUCUGAUAGACACCGUCUGGUGAUGUUGUCUGGAUGUUUCCAUUCAGUUUGCAGUCAGGCUGCUCUGCCAAGGAGCCUCAUCUUCAGGACCCGGAGACAACUUCAGGCAAUUUGACUCUGACGCUUCAGCAGAAAUCAACUGGAACCCUACGUCAUGUGACCACAGAAUGCCUUCAGCGAUCUUAAAAAGUGCUUGUGCGAGUGACGCUUGAGUUGGACCAAUGAGCAGCACACCAGCCCCAACCCUGUUCCCAGUCCGAGACAGGCUUCCACCCAAGAAGAGGGACCCAAGACAGGCAGAACCAGAGCAGUCUCCUGUCGCCACCUUCAAGGUGCCCUACCCGUACAAGAGCCAACAUGCAGGCAGGAGCAAGAAUGGGGUGAAACCCCUCUACACUCCAUACCUAGACCUGUCUCCAUCCAUGGCUGAUCCAGUGACCACUUUUUACCAGCCCUGGGUUCAGUCCAACACGGUCACCAGAAGCAAACCGUACAUCCCAUAUCCUGUCAGAGAUAGUCACGGAUGGGAGAAAUGGAGAGAUUUUUACCACAGAAGCUGGGCUGCAGUGGACUCCAGGUUGGAAGUUCCCUUUAUACCAUCCCCUCACAUGGGACACCCCAGGGGGGUCUCCACAUCUGUCCUGCCCCUAGACCACCCACGCCACACCACAAAGAUCCGACCAAUCGCCACGUCCACAGAGGACCCACAUGGGACGGGAUUGGCCUACAGGUUGGAGUUGUUGGGUGCCAGGGGACAGAUGCCCUCACCCUCAGGGAGGCCCAACGAGACUUACAUGAGAAGGAGAGGGAAACAGUGGAAGCAAACACAAACGAUCACAGAGACAAGCCCUGCUCACCUGAAUCUAGAUUUCACCUCACCCGUCUAUGAUCUAUCUAAACUGGCCGACACAAAACACAGCACCGCGUCAAGCAAAUGUGCCACCGCACCAGCACUUUCAUAUCAGUCAGUGGACCAAUACUGGACCUUAGGAACAGCAAAAGAUGUCAUGGUUUCUCCCCCUCCCUCCUCAGUCCUCCGGUCCUCCCCCUCCGACCAGGCUCCCUGGCUCCUUCCUCACUUUGCGGCCGGCUCUCUGAUCGAGCUCAGGGACGGCAGGCUGAAGAGGGUCGAGGACAUGCAGACAGAGGACUUCCAGUUGGGGUCAGAGGUCAGUCCAGAGCUCCAUAUCAGCUCCUGCACGGUGCAGCACAUCUCCCCCUCCUCCUCUCCUGCCUUCUCACGCCUCCUCAUCCUGCUCCACAAAGGGCUCUCUCAGGAGCUGCUGGAUGUGUUUGUGGAGUAUCCGUUCUUCGUCUGCGGGCGUGGCUGGUCCUCCUGCUGCCCACAGAGAACCGCUCGUCUGUGUGGCCUCCGAUGCCACCAGCUCAGCGUGGGAGACAUCUGCCUGGCUCUCACGCCAGCGCCUCGCCCCAGCCCCAGCCCAUCCUCCCAGGGACCUGAUGUUCCAGCCAGUGUGGCGGAGGAGGAGUCUGAGCCCCUUCAGCGUUCCUCACCCCAGCCUGCCCAGGACCGGCCUCGUGCUUCAGGCAGGCCAGGUGAAGGGCUGGAGCCCAAGAGGAGGAGACGCUGGUCAGCCCCAGAGCUGCCCGGCCCGGGAGCUACCUGUCCAGACUGAGCUUCAUUCAGGCCAAACCAACAAUAAGUUCUGUAUGCUGUUUUGUUUUUCUACCUCGUUCACUCUAGUCUGUUCUGUGUGAAUUACAUAAAACAGAGACAAUGACUCCACAGAGAUAGAAUGGAGGAUCACUCCAAUUUUCACCCACUCACGAUUCACCUCUUCAUGUAAUUUAGGAGCAAAUAGAAUCAUCAUAAAAACAAUAACCAAAAUGAAUAUUACAUUAUAGUUACUGAUAUGUUUAUUGUUAUGAUUAUUAGGAUUAAGCAACGGUUCUGGUUGCAUUUUAAAGCAUCCUGUUCGGCGAAUGACUUGAUGUAUUUGAAUGUGUCACCUAAAAUGUAUUACUUUAGUUCAUUCAGGAAAGAUAUGUGU